UUUUUCCCUUUUUUUUUCUCUCUCUCUCUCUCUCUGCUAUUUCUCUGCUACUCUCUAUCACUAUGGCUUCUCAAAAUAUUCCUAUUAGUUUUAAGCGUAAGCAGUCCAUUAGUGCCAGUGGUAGUUCUGCCUUAUCUUAUUCACCUUCCUCACAUACGAUGCCAGCUUUAUUUCAGCACCGAGAUAGUUUUGUUCAUCAAAGAGAACUGGAGUCACAAUUUUGUUCCGAUUUGGUCUGUUGUGGCACUCAAGUGAAGGAUCUCCAUGAACUUCUACAUCACUAUGAAGAACACCAUCACGCACCUAUUGAAGAAGAACCCGAGCCUACUAUUAAAGAAGAAGACGAUGACGAAAAGGACGAAAAGGAGGAAGAGGACGAUAUUAUGAUGGAAGAUGUCAGUACACCUUUUCCAGCUCCUUUGCCUACUCAACCACAUGAACUGGCUGCCUUGACAAGCAGUCCUUUAUUACGACACAAACCCACAUCUUCUGUCUCUACUCCUCUGAAUUUAAGCCCAACCAUGAGUGUUAAUCCAGCACCUUCACUACCACAACAUACAGAUGAUAUUUUACAAAAAGUAUUGGCGAGCAGUCAACAUGCUGAUCUCAGUUACUUUCCUGCUGAAGCAUUAUAUCAGACCUGCGAUGAUGGAACUGACAAGCCUUAUAAAUGUCCCAUUGCUGGUUGUGAUAAAGCCUACAAGAAUCCGAACGGUCUCAAAUACCAUCAAAUGCAUGGUCAUUCAGAAGAAGACCCAUUGAGUGAAGCAGAAAGAGAUGCACAAAAGCCUUAUAUGUGUACUAUUGGCUAUUGUAAUAAGCGAUACAAGAACCUAAAUGGUCUGAAGUAUCAUAUUGAACAUUCACACUUGGCUAAACUGAAGCAAUUUCAACCUGAUAAUACAUUUAUAGAUCAACAACCGUUAUGGUCUUCUAAACCAUAAAAACUUGUACAACAUGUAAAUACUGUUUCCUCUCUUUAGCUAAAUAAAUAUAUUCUGUAUACUAUUCAACAAGCAAACAAACAGAAAGAA